AUGUGCACAAAGAUAAAAGAAUGCCUAACAGCAACACUGAGAUCCUUCAUUGCCACUUCAGAAAUCACUGGAAAUAUGCUUGAAGUUUCUUCAGUUCACCUCUGCCCAGACGCGGGCAGUACACUGCUCAGCCAUGCCCCCACCAAAUUCCUCAGCAGCCCCUAUCGCCCCUUACAAGGUGGACAGGCAAAACCGAGGCUCCAGGUUAAUAACCAGGUCAGCAACCCCCAGGCAAGCGAGACCACUCUCCACAGAGCUGCCGAGGACCUCUGCGAUUCCCCCGAGGGCAGCUGCCCCGCACGAGAGGGAACGGGCUUUUCCCGCUGCCGCGGGAAGGGAGGGCCCUGUCGGCAGCCCCAGCCGCGGGAAGGGGGCCGCUCCCUCCGGCCGCUUUCCCGGGGGCGAGGGGCGGCCGGGACACAACGCCCCCCGGCCGCGGCCUGCAAUGGACACCGCGCUCGGCGGCCCUGCCCUGCCCUGCCCGGGGCGGCGCGACACGAGCGGUCCCUCCGGGGCCGGCAGCUCCCUCCCCGCCGCUCCAAGGUCUCUGCCCCCUCGCCGAGGAGCGCGGGGUCCGAGGGCUUGGCGGGAGAAGAGCGCCGCGACCCCUCAGCGCCCGAGCCCCCGGGGCGCCGCGGGCGGGAUCGGCCCGCGAUUCCCCGGCCUGUCGCUAAGAGCCGCCCGAGGAGACCGCGGCCUGCAGCGCCCGGCCAGGCCCCGGCCUCAAGUUGCCUCCUUCCCCUGCCGCCCCUCGGAGCCCGGAGGCGGGGAAGCAGGAAGAGGCACCUGCGCCAAGCACUGCUGGGGUGGGGGGAGGCGGUCAGCCGGCCGCCGAGCCCCGCAGCCCCUCCCUGGCUGGGGGUGCAGAGCCUUUCCCCGUCCUCGGUGUCGCAGCUGAUGUCAAGCCCUCGCCUCCCUCCUACCUGACAGCAUCCCCCACCCCUAUGGCUCCCUCAGCCCGAGCAGGCAACAGAGGGGACCUUAAGCCAAAACCCAUCACCACAAAUAUCUCCCCAUCUUUCACAAACGCGCCCUGCAAGUGGAGGGAGGAGGAACAAAACAAAACCCGACUCCCCUCCCCCAAAAGAAGAUGAGGUAGGGGUGGCCCCAAAGUGACCAGUCCCUCGAUUAAACAGAUCCGGUUCCCGCCCGAUGCCGAGCGGUACUGCAGCCCCCCGGCCAAAGUCGGGGCCGCCGCCCGCCCCCGGCAGCGAUUGCUGACCCCCGGCCCGGGGCACGGCGCUGACAAAUGUCACCCGGUGCCCACAAUGAGCGCCGCGGGGAUGCUUCUUCUGCCCCGUCGUCGUCUCCCCAAAAUAAGAAAAUCCUCUUUUAAGAGGAAAAACACGCGAGGCAUCAAAUAAAAGAGCACCCCUAGCUCCCACCCCCAGCGCCCGGGAAACACUCUCGUAAAAACUUUGACCAGGGCUCCCCCCACUAUAAUAGUAGAAUUUAAAACCUGUCAACCAUUUUAGAUCCCUACUUGAGAAAACAUCAUUCCCCGGCACCGGUGGAUUUGGCAAACGGCUCUGAGCAGCGCUGCCGCGGCUUCCCUCCCCCGGGCCGCAGGGGAGGCGGCCGGGGAGGAAGAUGCUUCCUGGGGAGGGGGUGGCGGGAGGGGGCGAGGGACGGGAGCGUUCGCUUUACCUGAGACCAGCCACUGGCCUCCAUUGUUGGAGAAUUCAAUGGCAUUGACACAGCCGAAGUGGCCCAGGAGGUCCUUCUUGUAGAGGUUCCUGCAGCCCCGCAGGCGUCUUCGCUGGAAGUCUUGGCCAGCCAUGGCAGAGAGGUGUUAGACACUCCGCCGCUUCCUGAUCCCGCUGGCUCCUCCCCGCUUCCCUCAGCAGCUGAUCCUCAGCUGCAGCCCGCGCCGCCCGGCCCGGCUCUAGCGUGGCGCCGCCGCCGGUUAACUCGCUGCUGGAGCGGCGCGGGGGGACAGGCACCCUCGCCCCUGCGGGGGACGGUAACGUUCGCCACUCCGGGCACCGACGGACGCGUUCGCCACUCCAAGGACCUCCUGGGGCAAGGACACAUUCGCCGCUGCGGGAACUUGCAGGGGCCGGACACACUCGUCGCUCCGGGGACCUUUUGGGCGAAGGAUACGGUCGCCACUCGGAGGACCUGCCGGGGAGCGGGUACGCCCGUGCCUCGGAGGAGCCGCGGGAGGACGCGUCCCGCCGCCGCUCAGCCGGCCCGGCUGAGUGAGCUGUGCCGCCUGCAGCCCCGCGGCCGGCGGGGAGGCGGCGGCGGGCGGGCAGGUGCUCCCGCGGAGCGGUGAGUGGCAAGGCAGCGCUCCGGAGCCGCGGCCCGCCCGCCUUGAGGCAACGGGCGACGCACCGGAGGGAAGAUGAGGGGAAAAACAGCUCAAGUGCGGGGGCGGUUUGCAGUGGGGCUUGUCUUCUGUAAAUGCUGAGUGAUUUCUACAGGAAUUCAAAGCAUUAUGGCUUUAGAAUUUAGUUUGGGGGUUUUUUUGUUAUUUUUGUUAUUAUAGUUAUUAUGGGUUUCAUAGCUUCCUCUCUCGUGCUCUUUCCCGAGUAACACUGAAAACAGGAGGGUUGCCCCAUCACAAGUGAGUCAGUAGACCCUUCUGCAGCCCUUGGAAGACUGCUUGAAGUACAAAUGAAUUUUCUUCUUUUACCCUGCAGUAUCAACUAAACCCCAAAACAUAGCUGGCUAACCAGGUGGAAGUGACCUGUGUUAUCCUUCACUGUUUAACAAUUCCCCAACCUUUACCUUACUGGAAUAUCUCUUUCUCAGGACCCUGUACUUCUCAGGUAACAUCUGAUACCACAUUAGACAACAGGAGUGUUAUUCAAAGGGUGAUGUCCCUGAGGUGCUGCACAGACCCCCAGUCCCACCUUGCAGCUGACUGCAUGCUGUCUGUGCACAAAAUGAGCAGCUUGAAACUUUCAGGUCUGUAUUUCCCCAUGGCACCAGUACCUAGGGAAGAUACAGUUUUCAGGUGAGAGGAAUUAGCCUGACCAUCCUGGCCAUCUUUGUGUAGCACUGCAUCUGCUGGGAAUUAGGAGUCCUGAAACUUUAAAAUAAGCAGGGGGGAAAACCCUCCCUGACAUAAACUGUGAUGUGGCAAGGUGACUGAGUACUCUUAGACUGCUGCCAUAUUCCAGUGACAGUUUCCCAUAGAAAUAUAAAUUAUUUCAUUAUAAAAAGUCAGUUAAGUGCUUUGGGUUUCUUCUUGAUUAAGAUUAUAGGAAGAGCAGCAAAUCCUGCAUAGACCAAGCUUUUAAUUUGACAA